AUGAAAAAGCCAAACUACAUAGGCAUCUAUGCUCCUGGGGACUUUGCCCUCCAGACCUACCGCAUCGUCUUUCCCGUUGCCCCCGGCUCACAGCAGAGAGGGGGUAGACGCAGGCCGAAGAGAGGAAGAGGAUACAGAGGUUGUAGAGAAGAGGUCGUUCUGGAAACAGAGCAAAGGAGCGACAUCAACGCCUUGCUGAGCCUCAUCUCUGAUCUUGCACAAGAUCCAGAAGGUCCCAGAGCCACACGCCAUAUUGUCAAUCCCUCUCAAGCGAAAGAUGAAGGAGUCCGCCUGAUCUGGGCCGAUGAUGGCGAAAAGGGAGAGGAAGAGAUGCGGGACUGGCCCAGGAGGGAGCAAAUGAGGAAAGAAGGGAAAACGGUCAAGGGGGAGGAUGAUGCAAUGGUCCCAUCCAUGCAAGCUGCAAUCAGCAGUGACGGGUCGGGGAUGGGUGCACAGUGGCAAACUUUGGAAUCGCCAAGUCGGGCAAAUCGUGUUUUCUGGGCAGACAAGCUCACGCCCAAGUCGCCCAUCCCUGCCUCCUAG